CAGGUUGAAGAUAAUUUGGAAAAAGGUCAAACUUCCGAUGAGAUAGAAGUAAAUCAAGCAAAUUCUGAACAAGUCAUCCCACAACACCUUCGGAACCUUCAUGGUGGUAGUAGUCAUUCUUGUGCGAAGACUACGUGUGGAGUUUGUUGUUGUUUAAUAAUUAUAGCAAUAGCCAUUAUUUUAGCAUUAUAUUUUACUGGAAAACUUGUUGCUAAAACCAUCAAAAAUCACUCAUGA